UGAGGUAGCUGCGCAGUCUUACAAGGGCUCCCAGUGCUGGGAGUGGGUGAGGUUUCUGUGGAGCGAUCUGGGGUGAACGGUGAAUACCCGGUGUCUCUGCAUCUAUGCCGUCGGAGGAGAGCGGAAGAGGCCCUAAUAUUUUCAGGAUGGCUCGCACUAUGGAACCACUGGCAAAGAAGAUCUUUAAAGGAGUCUUACUAGCUGAACUUGUGGGCAUUUUUGGAGCAUAUUGUUUGUUUAAUAAGAUGAACACAAGUCAAGAUUUCAGGCAAACAAUGAACAAGAAAUUUCCCUUCAUCUUGGAAGUUUAUUACAAAUCCAUUGAACAGGCUGGAAUGUAUGGAAUCAGACAGCAAGAUCAAGAAAAAUGGUUGAACAGCAAAAAGUAGGGAUUUGACCACUGAUCAAGGUUUUACCCCAUUUCAUAGUAUCAGGCAAGAUUAAAAUUCCAAAGUUGACACGGAAGGAUUUUAUAUUUAAAGCAAAAUGUAAAUUUUAAUUAAGUCAGAGGUUUUAAUUCUUGGGACUG